ACAAACAAUACAGACCUCAGCUCUUUCUCUUUCCUCGGCGAUCGACUUUCUUCUCAUCAUCUUCGUCACCUCAGCGCAUUUUCUCCCGCUCGGUGCUCUCAAAUCUAGGCCCCCUAAUUGAAUGACAAGCAACACCGGCUUAGCUUGGGGGCUAUAUUGUUGAUAGACAUCUUAAAAGCAAGAAAGAGCAUUCUUUAGGCCUGUUUGCUAGAAGAGUUUUCAUCUGAUAAAGGAUGUGUUCAACUGAUGGUUCUCAGUUAGCUGCAGCCAGGAGGCAAGGCCUGUUUGUGUCUGUUGCCUCCAUAUGUAAUGAUGUAGGCUUUGGUUCAGCUGAUAAAGCUUGCAUUGAAACACUCACUGAAAUACUCCAGAGUUAUAUAACUGAGCUGGGCAGAACAUCCAGGAUGAUGUGUGAGUUAUCAGGAAGAACUCUGCCUCUGGUUAAAGAUAUUGCAAUGGCCAUAGUGGAUAUGGGUUCAAACGUCAAAGAUUUACAGACCUAUGCAAAACGCUGUAAGAAGAUGGCUCUACAUCAAGAACAGAUGCGUCAGGGGACUACUCCGAAAGUUCUGCAAGCUGGGAUUCGCAAGCACCAUCCAAACCACAUACCACACUACCUACCUGAAUUCCCCGACCCACACUCCUACAUCAAAACAGCAACUUACAGGCAACAAGAGAAAGAUUAUCAGACUCUGCGAGAGAAGGCAGCUACUCAGAAACGAGACGUUGAAAGGGCGCUGACACGCUUUAUUGCAAAGACGGGAGAAACUCAGACACUAUUUCCUGGUGAUAGCAACCUAUUUCCACUGAUAGCUUGCACACCUUCACCUCAUCCAUAUUUACCAGCCUUACUGCCACCUGAGCACGAGGUAUUAGCCAUGGCUGAAGAGGAUAUGAUGAAAGAAAAAGCAAAAAAAGAAUUUCAACGGAAAAGUAACGAAGAUGCAGAAAAACUUGAGGAACAGAAAGUGAAAGAAGAAAAGAUUAUAGAAGGAACAUUAAAGGAUAAAAGAGACAAACGAGAAGCAAAGUUUAACAACCCCUACCUCAGAAAAGUUAAAAAACCAAAGGUGAAGAAAUCAAAAGGACGUUAAAAGAGUAUGCAGGUGAAUGCUGAUAAAAACAUGCUCGCCAUCCCAGCGCCAUGCAUAGAUACUGGUGGGUGGGGCAUUGAUUUGCAUACAUAACUUUGAUACCAAGGCAAAUUUAAUUUGCACAAAAAGUCUCACUCAGUUGGUCAUUCUUAUUGUAUUAUAAAAGUUCUAGAUCAACUAUUAUAAUAACAAGUGCCAAACUUUUGUUCAUAAGGUCUCUAUUACCUGCAUGAACAGACACCCCCAUCCCCAUCCCCUUUAGAAAAGGUUGAGCCGGCUGCCUGUAGCCUGUGGCCUAAAUCAAAUUUUUUUUAAUCGGAUGUUGUACGCCCUCAAUGGCUUUAUAUAUAUUUGAAAAAAACUUUGGUAAAAGCGAAUCUCGAAUCAUAGUUGAAAUUACUUCUGCAUAGCGGCCAGUCCUACUAUUGACUCAACAGCUAGAAAUUUCUGUCAACCCAAAACAUAAAAUCAACUCUCAUGGUUGCACUGUCGUCAAUCUCUCCAAGGAAGAUAAUUAAAAUUAGGCGGGAAUAUAACCCGCAUUAAUAAGGCGUAACAGGGCCGUAGCCACGAGAAUUGAAGUGGUGAGGUUGCAAGCAAAGCAGGCACUGAGGCUGGGGGCCAGCCAGCUGCCAAGGGCACCGAUUUGCGGUUCAGGGGCUGGAGGCCCCGGGAAAAAUUUGCUAUUUUUACAUUGUAUAGACCAAUUUAAAUGAUUUUCUGUAGUAGUACUGUAAUACAAUAGUAAAAAUUUUUUUUUUUAAAUAAAAAUAUAUUUUAAACUACCAUCAGAGCUAUGGUAAAGUAAAACAAUAAAAACAAUUUGAAUUCAAACAAGGUAGGUUCAUUCAAGAGAAAGAUUGUUACUCACAGCAUCGUUGUUAUUUUAGUAUUUUGCCUUUUGACACUGACGAAAAUCUAAGAUUAGACCUAUGAACGAAAAAUAAAUACUAUGGUACACUUUCAAUCAAUACAUGUAUUUAAGAGAUAUUUAUUUAUAGAAAACUAUCAGGAAUCAGUUGAAAAUUUCUUUCUCAUUGGUUGAGGCAAUUUAGUGAAGAAAUGAAUAAGUUCUAGGCAAGUGUAUAAAAGAACCUUAGCCUGAUUUUCUGCAAAAGCUCACUGUGGGUAGUUUGACCUACUUGAUUUGCAUAAAAGCAGAGCCGUGACACUGAAUUUCAACUGAAGAAGAAAUCAUCCUAGUUUCUUAAUCAGUCAUUAGAAAUCUUAAAGAGAAGAAAGUAAUGUAAAUUAUCAUUAACCGUCCAGGUUCAUGAGUGAUUUCAAGAGGGAGGAGGUUGAGUCCAACAUACAGGUGGAAUUUAGUCCUAUUUCCUAUUCAAAACCUAAUCAAUUAACUUGUGGUCUGUCAAAAAGUGGUCAGUUAAUAAACAAAAUGUUUAAAAUUAUUAGUUGCUUCUUUGCUUUUUCAGUUCGUUUGAACCUUUUUCCGACUGGUAAAUUUUUAAAAUUUACUGUACAUUUGCCAAGUUAGCAUCACCCACAGUACACUAGUGCUAUAAUCAUAAAUUUUCUUACAGUCAGCACACAAUAUCAAAAGUCUAGAGUACUUUGUUAAGCAAAUAAAAAUCGAAACAAUUUUUCACUGCUACUUUAUGUUCGACUUAGCCGAGGUUGAUGGCUUGUGGGCCUAAGUAAUCAAUACAUAACAUGACAAUAUUAUUUGGUAUGACAAUAUAUGCCUUGGGUCACUACAGAAUGUGCAUUCCGAAAGUGGGUCGUCACCUAAAGGUUGAGGAGCAGGGGUUUAAAUGUGUUUAUAGUGCUACAAAGCAAAACUAUUAUUUACUGAUUUUCCUGCUGCAGCCUACAAGCUAGUUUCCAGCUUGUCCAUGGCACCAAUAUGCGUGAGUGUUAAAGUCAGUUGUAUGAGGAAAUGUAUUUAGGGAUUAGAUCUGCACAUUUACCAUAUAGGUCUAGCGGUAAAACAUAGUCUUGAUAGAGUUUUUAGGUCCAAAUCCCACCAGAUGCACUCUUUUGUUUCAUCAUCCUCUCAACAUGCACUUGUGAUUUUCGAAUUACUGCCAUAAAUUUAUAAAUUAUACACUAAAUAACUGAUGUUGAUGUCAGCAAGUUUUAAGAAACUGAUUUUUAUUAAAAUCUCUUUUUUUAUGUUUA